GACCACCUCUCCUUCCACAUGGAGACCGGGAAGCUCGCCCCACCCACUUUGCAGAUCAAUACCCGGCAGCGAUCAUUGAGCGAAGCCGAAACCAUCACAUCGCAGACAUCGGAUCCGUUCCGGACGCCAGUCUCUCCGGGCAAUGAGUCUACAAGCGACGCUUCUACCGUCGUAGGGACGUACGACACUGCAGUACGCCAGGAACUAUGCAGAGAAACCGAAUCUGUCCCCAACAACCCCUUUGCCUUCUCACCAGCACAGCUCAACAAGCUCUUGAAUCCAAAGUCACUAGCUGUCUAUCAGGCUUUGGGCGGCAUUCGAGGAAUUGCCUCUGGUCUGCAAUCCGAUGUUCACUCAGGGCUGAGCGCCGACGAGUGCACCGUACCUGGCCAUGUUUCCUUCGAUGAGGCUACCAAUCCCCAAACGCCAAUCAAAGAGAAGGGAUCCGAUACCAGCAGACUACCCAACGCUAAUGGUCAGCCCUUUGAGGAUCGUAUCCGCGUACACGGACGGAAUGCCUUGCCACCGAAGAAGGUCACACCGCUUUGGCGACUGAUAUGGAAUGCAUACAACGAUACUGUUCUCAUCGUCCUCACAGUGGCAGCCAUAAUAUCCCUUGCCCUCGGGCUAUACGAAACGUUCGGUGUAGAGCACCCUCCCGGGUCGCCGACGCCUGUCGACUGGGUGGAAGGAUGCGCCAUCGUAGUUGCCAUUGUCAUCGUCGUACUUGUCACAGCUCUGAAUGACUGGCAAAAGGAACAAGCAUUCGCUAGGCUCAAUGCCAAAAAAGAACAACGCGACAUCAAGGUGACGCGGUCAGGAAAAAUCGUCAUGAUUAGCGUGUACGAUGUCCUCGCUGGCGACAUCAUCCAUCUCGAGCCUGGCGAUGUCGUCCCCGUCGACGGAGUCUUCAUUGAUGGCUCCGAUGUCAAGUGCGAUGAGUCUUCUGCUACAGGAGAGUCUGACGCCAUGCGCAAAACACCUGGCGCUGCCGUCAUGAAAGCGCUUGAGAGCGGGAAAUCUCUAAAGAACCUUGACCCAUUCAUCAUCUCUGGUGCAAAGGUGCUCGAAGGCGUGGGAACGUUUAUGGCGACGUCUGUCGGAGUGCACAGCAGCUAUGGGAGAAUCAUGAUGUCAGUUCGUGCUGAGGUCGAGCCCACUCCACUUCAAGAGAAGCUAGCUGAUCUCGCAAUGGCUAUUGCGAAGAUUGGAAGCACCGCCGCAGGACUCCUCUUCUUCAUCCUCUUAUUUCGCUUCAUUGGUGGAUUGCCUAACGAUACAAGGGACGCCGCAGCGAAGGGAUCUGCUUUCAUGGAUAUUCUCAUCGUUGCAGUCACAAUAAUCGUCGUCGCUGUUCCAGAAGGCUUGCCUCUAGCGGUUACUUUGGCCCUAGCAUUCGCCACCACAAAGAUGUUGAAGGAGAACAACCUCGUAAGGAUUCUACGCGCAUGCGAAACUAUGGGAAACGCCACAGCUAUCUGUUCAGACAAGACCGGCACUCUGACUACAAACGUAAUGACCGUGGUUGCUGGCACGUUCGGAUCCACCAGCUUUGUGCAUGCCAACGAGCAGUCGGACCAGGAUCAGUCUAUUUCUAAAUGGGCUUCGCAAGUUACACCCGCCGCUAAGGAACUCAUCAUCCAAUCGGUCGCCAUCAACUCCACAGCUUUCGAGGGCGAGGAAGAUGGAAAGCCAGUAUUCGUCGGCUCCAAGACUGAGACCGCCCUACUCCAACUAGCCAGAGAUCACCUCGGGCUGGUCUCAGUAUCUGAAACGCGGGAAAACGCGCAAGUCGUACACAUGUUUCCGUUCGACUCAAGUAAAAAGUGCAUGGGGGCAGUCAUCAAGCUGCAUGAUGAUACCUAUCGACUCGUCGUCAAAGGUGCCUCCGAGAUUCUUGUUGGCUAUGCGUCUUCAUUUGCUCACUUCGAUACCCUUUCCACAGAACCCAUCACUGAUGAUCACCGCGAAGCCAUCGCAAACAUCAUCAGUGAAUAUGCCAACAAGUCACUUCGCACUAUCGGAAUGGUAUAUCAAGAUUAUGAACAAUGGCCGCCAGCCCAUUCUGAGUUCACAGCUGGCGGUAGUGUGGACUUCGCAUCGAUCUUGCGUAAUCUCACCUUCCUUGGAGUUGUAGGUAUCCAGGACCCCGUUCGUCCAGGUGUUCCCGAUGCUGUUCGCAAAGCGCAAAUGGCAGGUGUCACAGUCCGAAUGGUUACCGGCGACAAUAUGCAAACAGCUCGCGCUAUCGCUUCUGAAUGCUUGAUAUACACCGAUGGCGGUUUGGUUAUGGAGGGUCCAGACUUCCGCAGGCUAUCAGACGAUGAGAUGGAUAGGAUUCUUCCCCAACUCCAAGUUCUUGCUCGGUCAUCGCCUGAGGAUAAGAGGAUUCUUGUAGAGCGACUCAAGCACAUUGGAGAUAUUGUGGCUGUUACUGGUGAUGGUACCAAUGACGCACCAGCACUGAAGGCUGCCAAUAUUGGCUUUUCCAUGGGCAUAUCGGGCACUGAAGUGGCGAAGGAAGCAUCAUCGAUCAUUCUUAUGGAUGACAAUUUCAGCUCGAUUAUUACUGCCCUGAUGUGGGGUCGCGCAGUAAACGAUGCGGUGCAGAAGUUUCUUCAGUUCCAAAUCACGGUCAACAUCACCGCUGUUCUGCUGGCCUUUGUUACUGCCAUAUAUGAUGACAAUAUGGAGCCAGCAUUGAAAGCUGUACAACUACUUUGGGUCAACUUGAUCAUGGAUACUUUAGCCGCUCUCGCGCUUGCCACCGACCCUCCAACAGAGAAAAUUCUAGACAGGCCACCCCAAGGUAAAGACAAACCGCUCAUCACGACCGUCAUGUGGAAGCAAAUUACAGGCCAGAAUAUCUACAAGCUUACUGUAAUAUUUGUCCUGUAUUUUGCUGGGGGCGACAUUCUUGGUUACGACCUUUCCGAUGAGGACAUGCGAAUCCAGCUCGACACCCUUAUUUUCAACAGCUUUGUGUGGAUGCAGAUAUUCAACAUCUUCAACAAUCGGCGAUUAGACAACAAAAUCAACGUUCUUGAGGGAAUCUUGCGCAACUUCUUCUUUAUCGGCAUUGUAGUGCUCAUCAUUGCGAUGCAAGUCGUGAUUAUCUUUGUCGGAGGUCGCGCAUUCCAAAUCACGCCUGGCGGUCUUGAUGGCACGCAGUGGGCAAUCAGUAUCGUGGUCGGCUUUGUGUGCAUCCCAUGGGCAAUGUGUAUCAAGAUGUUUCCCGACCACUGGUUUGCUGCCAUCGCACAUGUUGUCGGAAAGCCGUUCGUCCUUCUUUACCAGUCGGGCUGUCGGGUUUCGAAUAAGAUCAUGGGACUCUUCAAGAAGAAAAACAAAAACAAUGAGAAGAAGGAUGCUGAGGCAGGUCAGGCGGGUAGCACCCCGGAGAUUGUGGUUAUCAGCAACGAACCUAGUGUUGCUGAUGGCAGACAAAUGCAACGAUCUCCUUGUGGCCUACCACCCAGUUUAAUUGCUCCAGAUACAUUCCGCAAUUCUUUGAUUGUACGUCUUCAUCUUGAAGCUAGUCGGAGCUUGAUAUGGCUCGAGCGCAGCCCGGAUGUGUGUCGGAAAUGUAUCCGAGGAGAUUUAAUAUCGCUCAUGGUAUUGCACUCUAACGUGGCACGGUCGUGGAAAAUCAAACAACUAUCCAUGCUCAGAACGGGAAGGGCUGAUUUGCCGCAAAGCUCGGGAUCGGCAUGGUCGGCAAAAAAUGAGUACAACACCAACAGCUGCAACGAGAGCAGCCUGUUUGUCAAAAUCGUUUUGAUAUGUGUGUCAGAUUGCAUAGGCUGCACACCAACCAUCAUCAGCCUGGAUUGGGUGUUGCAUCAUGUCCCAUACGCGAGAUAUGAGGAUUGGGAGUGUCCUAGCCCGUCUGCGAUCAAUAAUGUCAGAUGA